AUGGGAUCAGCUCUUACUUGUUUAAAACCAUCACAAUCACCACCGAUACCAUCGGUCGUCUUUGAACGAUAUUUUUCUUUUAAUAAAACCACAAUCGCAAAUUUACCACCAGAAUUUUACCUAAAAUGCCUUAAUAAAAAAUCCAAACAAUACCUUUGUCAUAAUGGGGUCAUCUUACCAACUAACAUAAUAGAAGAUAUCUCUUCGCCAAUAUUUGAUUAUCCAUCAUUCUUAAGGGAAUUAAAAUUUUCGGAUAUUUAUAAUGGAAUUUCUGAUUGGUUUUCUAACGUCAUUGGGAAUCUUACAGACGAACAACAAACAACCUUCUUAAAAAUUUUAAUCACGGAACAAUUAUUUAAAUUAUUUAUGAAUCAAUGUUCAACUUUUGAUUUACUUUCAUUAUCAGAUAUACCAUAUGAGACAGCCAUGCCUUUGUUACCACUUUUAACUGGACCGGUUAAUUGUUUUUCUCGGUUAAAAAGUUUUCAAUGCGUUAGUAAACACAAUAAUAAGAGUGAGAUUUUCAGGGCUAUUUCUCAAGUAUCAGAAUUUAUUGAAACUUUAGAGGUUGGAGGUGUUGAUCAUGAUAUGGAAGUAAAAGCUUUAGGGGUUUUAAUAAGAGCUCAAAAAAAAUUAAAAACAUUUAAAUAUACUUGGGAUUAUCAAACGAAAUAUCAAAUCGUAUUAUCGGACACACUUUGCGCGCUUCAAUCUCAAGCAAAAUCCUUAACGAUGAUCCAAUUCGAAUAUUGUAAUUUUCAUCAUUGUAAUACUAUGAAAGCUUUGACAGCUUUUGAAAAUUUAAAAAAUCUACAAUUCAUUCAUUGUAUAUAUAUAGGUGAUAAAAUGAAUACCUUUAUUAAUGCGAAAUUUUCAAAUUUAAAAUAUCUUGGAUUUUAUAAUAAUUGUAUAGAAUCCCCUCGAUAUUGGGUUUGUCCCGAUGACGUAGCCGCUUUAGUUAAUAAUUGUCAUGAUAAUUUAGAACAAAUCAUUUUACCAAGGACGGGGAAUUGUACCAUAUCUUCUCAUAAAUUAGUAAAAUCACUUAGAUUAUGUAGAAAUAUUAAAGAUUUAAAAGUUCAAAUGGGUGAAGGUGAUAUAGAUGAAUUCCUGGAAUUCUUACAAAUUAAUGAAAAAUUGGAAAAUCUAACCUUAAUUUGUUAUGGAGAUUUAAAUAUCGAACAUUUCCUCACGAAAACGAAUCAAUCGUGGCCAAGUACUUUAUCAUCAUUAAAUUUGAGAGGACAAUGGAUUAUCUCUCCCGAAUAUUUAAAGAUUUUAUUAAAAGAAUGUAAAUCUAUAAAACGAUUGGAUUUACAUUCUUCUCAUAUAACUGAUGAUCAUGUUGGAAUUGUGAUUGAAUACGUUAAAGAAAUGAGAGUUGCGAAAAAGGCAAUUUUACAUAGUUGUUUAAUAUCCGGUGAACGAAUGUCUGAAAAAGGAAGGAAGAAGGCGAGAGAAUUUGCGAAUUUAUCAGAACUUUACCUAUAA